CGCAGUGCUACUGGUAGAGCUGGCAAAGAGAGGAAGAAAACGACACAAGUACUAUAAAAGAGGGUUUUGCCCGCGGAUAACGGCUCUCAAAGUCAUAACGGUCCGUCCACAACCAUAAAUACAGCCGCAAAGAUCUCACUAAACCGGACUAACCUCUUGUGCAAGAAGGAGUAUAACAUGAACAGGUUAAACGGAUAAUACUGUCCGCUCCUUCGUACCCAACCCAGUCUCCAUGUUGUCAAAACGAAAUGCUUUCUUCGUCUAUGCAGUUAACAUAAACAAAAUAAGGAGCACCUUUCAAUAGAUCAACUUGUACAUUUAUAUCCCCCCCUUUUAUUUCACGGCUGUUCUUCCCUAACCAAAAGCACCAUGUACGGUAGCGCCCGUUCUGUGGGCAAAGGGGAGGGAAACCACAGCGGCGGGAGCAAUCAGAGUCCCGGCCGCUCGCCUCGUCUCCCACGCUCACCCCGUUUGGGCCACCGUCGGACCAACAGCACAGGAGGCAGCGGGGCAGGAGCGGGUCCUGGGGGUAAAACCCUAUCCAUGGAGAACAUUCAGUCUCUCAAUGCUGCGUACGCCACAUCUGGCCCCUUGUACCUGAGCGACAACGAGGUGGUGGUGUCCGGCCCAGAUAUGCCAAAGAGUACGAUGACGCUGGGGCGCUCGAGUGGACGGGUGCCUUAUGGCGUCCGCACGACUGUAAUGGGUAGCAGCCCGAACAUCUCCACCGGGGGCCCGGGCUCCAUGCCUACUGAUGCCAUCGCUUUUGGAGACCAUCAUAUGCCUUCCACGCUGGCAUCAACUGUGCCUCAUUCGCUGCGGCAGGCGCGGGACAACACCAUCAUGGAUCUGCAGGCACAGCUCAAGGAGGUGCUUCGGGAGAACGAUCUUCUAAGGAAAGAGGUGGACGUGAAGGAGAGCAAGCUCAGCUCCUCCAUGAACUCCAUUAAGACCUUCUGGAGCCCGGAGCUGAAGAAGGAGCGAGUACUUCGUAAGGACGAGGUGUCGAAGAUCACCGUGUGGAAGGAGCAGUAUAGUGUCGUGCAGGAUGAGAACCAGCAUCUCCAGAUGACCAUCCAGGCCCUGCAAGACGAGCUGCGUAUCCAGCGAGAUCUGAACCAGCUGUUCCAGCAGGACUCCAGCAUUCGCCCCGGCGAGCACGUCGGAGCCGAGCUGACCGAGGACAACUUUCAGCGGCUGCACGCCGAACACGAGCGGCAGGCCAAGGAGCUCUUCCUCCUGAGGAAGACUCUGGAGGAGAUGGAGCUGCGCAUCGACACGCAGAAGCAGACGCUCAACGCCCGAGACGAGUCCAUCAAGAAGCUGCUGGAGAUGCUGCAGAGCAAGGGGCUGUCGGCCAAGGCCAGCGAGGAAGACCACGAGCGCACCCGCAGGCUGGCGGACGCCGAGAUGCACAUCCACCAUCUGGAGAGCCUGCUGGAACAGAGGGAGAAGGAUGUUAUUUUGCUCAGGGAGGAUCUCCACAGACGAUACGAGAGCGCACCGGACUCGGCCAAAACCAAGGCACUGCAGACGGUCAUCGAGAUGAAGGACUCGAAGAUAAGCUCUCUGGAGCGCAGCCUGAGAGACCUGGAGGACGAGAUACAGAUGCUGAAGUCAAACGGAGCUCUCAGUACCGAGGAGAGGGAGGAGGAGAUGAAACAGAUGGAGGUCUAUCGCAGUCACUCCAAGUUCAUGAAGAAUAAGGUAGAGCAACUGAAGGAGGAACUGGCGCAGGGCGAGGAGCUGAAAAAGCGUUUGGCCGAGCUGCAGCAGGAGGUCUUUGCUAUUGACCAGGUCAAGCAGGAUCUGUCCAGGAAGGAAACUGAACUCUUGGGUCUACAGACAAAACUGGAGACGCUCAACAAUCAGUUUUCUGACAGCAAACAGCACAUCGAUGUUCUUAAAGAGUCUCUCACCGCCAAAGAACAGCGGGCCGCCAUCCUGCAGACUGAGGUCGAUGCACUGCGGUUACGCCUGGAAGAGAAGGACGCCAUGCUUAACAAAAAGAGCAAACAGAUACAAGAAAUGUCAGAGGAGAAAGGCACACUCGGCGGGGAAAUCCACGACCUAAAAGAUAUGCUCGACGUCAAGGAACGCAAGGUCAACGUGUUACAGAAAAAGAUUGAAAACCUGCAGGAACAGCUGAAGGAUAAAGAGAAGCAGAUGAACAGUUUGAAGGAGCGUGUCAAAUCCCUGCAGACUGACACUUCAAACACGGAUACGGCUCUCACAACGCUGGAGGAGGCCUUGGCUGAGAAGGAGCGCAUCAUCGAACGGCUGAAGGACCAGAGGGACAGAGAUGAGAGGGAGAAGAGCGAAGAACUCGAUAGCAACAAGAAAGAACUCAAGGAACUUAAGGAAAAGGUCAACUUACUGCAAGGAGACCUGUCCGAUCGAGAGGCCUCUGUGUUGGACCUGAAGGAGCACGCCUCGUCCCUGGCGUCCUCCGGACUGAAGAAGGACUCCAAGCUGAAGAGUCUCGAAAUCGCUCUCGAGCAGAAGAGGGAGGAAUGCACCAAAUUCGAGAGUCAACUUAAAAAGCUUUCUGAGCUCAUGUCAGGCCAUCCCUCCAAUCUUGCGCAGUCAGCCGCAGUGGAGGCCCAGUCGAAUGCUGGACUGUCGGAUCGCAUUGCCACACUCGAGCAGGAGGUGGCGCGCUACAAAGAGGAUGCUGGGAAAGCUCAGACCGAGGUGGACCGACUGCUGGAGAUCCUCAGGGAGAUGGAGAAUGAGAAGAACGACAAGGAUCGCAAGAUCAAUGAGCUGGAGAGUCUGGCUUCAAGGCAGAUGAAAGACCAAACAAAGAAAGUGUCCAACCUGAAGCACAAGGAGCAGGUGGAGAAGAGCAAGAACGCCCAGCUUAUGGAAGAGGCUCGAAAGAGAGAGGAUAACAUCAACGAGAGUUCUCAACAAGUCAAGGAUUCUCUUCAGCAGAAAGACGAGCGGAUCGAGGAGCUGGAAGAGGCGUUACGUGAGAGUGUGCAGAUCACCGCAGAGAGAGAGAUGGUGUUGGCACAAGAGGAGUCUGCCCGCUCACACGCUGAGAAACAGAUGGAGGAGCUGUUGGCAGCCAUGGAAAAGGUGAAGCAGGAGUUGGAGUCCAUGAAGGCCAGGCUGUCGUCCACCCAGCAGUCCCUGGCCGAGAAGGAGGCCCACCUGACCACACUGAGGGCGGAGCGCAGAAAGCACCUGGAGGAGGUGUUGGAAAUGAAGCAGGAGGCGCUGUUGGCAGCCAUCAGUGAGAAGGACGCCAACAUUGCUCUUCUAGAACUCUCCUCGUCGAAGAAGAAGAAGACUCAAGAUGAGGUGGCUCUGCUGAAGAGGGAGAAAGACCGAUUGGUCCAGCAGCUCAAACAGCAGACGCAGAACCGAAUGAAGCUGAUGGCCGAUAACUACGAGGAUGACCACCUAAAAGCCUCCAAUCCUGACCAGACCAAUCACAAACCUUCUCCAGAUCAGAUUAUCCCCCCGCUCAUAGACCUCAAUCAGAACCGCAGUAAACUGAAACUGUACAUCGGCCACCUCACAGCGCUUUGUCACGAGAGAGACCCCCACAUCCUGCAGGACCUGGCCCCGCCCUCUGCAUACCACCACACCCCACAAGACACCUGGGAGGAGGAGCUUCAGAAGAUGCGCCCAGAACAGUUGGAGUCUGAGCUGGAGCAGUGCGAGCGAGAGAGCGCAGAACUGCAGGAAUACGCCAACUCCGUCCUGCAGCAGAUUGCCGACCACUGUCCCGACAUCCUGGAACAGGUGGUGAACGCUCUGGAGGAGUCGUGCUGACCGCACCUCACCGCCCGCCCGCCGCAUCUUCUGACGGUUUCUCAUUUCACAACCCACGGAUGCCAGCACAAAAACACAAACGUUCUCGCCCGCACCCACACACGCAACUCAAAGAUCAGAACAGACACACAUACGAGGAAGACUGACGCUCGUGGAAGUGAAGUGCACGCUCCAAUUGGCCUCUGAGAGUGGGAGGGGUGGGCUUUUAUGUUGCCAUCCCCUAGCGUCCCUUCCUCUCCGCACCUUCAGAAUCCUGUUUACACUUCACUCCAUGGCUUACAUAAACACAAAGCACCCUGGGAAGAAGAAACCUGAAGACGGAGGAGAUCCAAGAGACAAGCUCAGUCUUAUAAGCCAUCUCUGUGUUUUCGCAUCGUCGUGGCCUGUUCUCCGUCCUACAGGAGGUGGAGUUUGCUCCAUGAGGGCCAGGAACCACGACCCUUAUCUUGAUGUACGCUGUUGCCACAGCUUUUAAAAGCUGCAGAAUUUUGAAACAGUUUUGAAGCAAUUCACAUUUUUUCCUCUCUCUCUCUCAAUCUCCCGCUCUCUUUUUUUGUCUAGAUGUUUUGUUACUGUAGUUAAAUUGUGGGUCAUUCGCGCAGGGCAAAUAUCCCGCACUCUCCAACCAUCUGGUUUCACUCAAAGCGCUGGUUAAUGCUCCGGUUGUGCCAGCAAACAGUCCUCCCGGAGUUAAACAUACUUUUACUAUCGUAGUCAGUAGCGGGUUUAGAUUACUGCAACCCCCAACCAUCUGGGAUUUUACUAUCCGCUUGGUUACUGCCCGAUUUCCUCCCUAGUCUGCUUCAUAAAAGUUAUGAAAUGGACAAUGUGGGUAAUGUUAUCCCGUGUGCACCUGUCACCAGCUACGAGUACUUCGCAGAAACCACAGCCUGGUUUGUGUCUUUUAAAUGUGAGGGAGAAAAUGAUUUGCCUUGCAACUUGCAGGUUUAUUGCUGCUAACAUUUGUCUUUGCAUGCAGCAGGUUUGGUUCUGUCUUUUUAUUUUUCUGAGGAGGAGAGGCUGCUUCUAAAAAGGGUGUUAUUACCGACCCAGAUGUUGUGCAAAAGUGCCUGAUCAUCAGAGCGUCAAAGCGCUCACGUAACGCUCAUUCCGUGCUCCAAAAACUUUCAAAGCAGAACGUUUAAAGUUUUUUAUGGAAAGGUAAAGUGAGCAGCGGUGAUUUAGAUAGUCUCACUCUCUCUCUCGUGUUGAGAUCAGAUUAAAGUUUUGUGCGGUUGCUUUGUGACGGUCCUAUCAGAGAUCUCGGCAGCUUUGAUCUCCUGCAUCUCUAAUGUACCACCAUGUUCCUCUUUCAUGCUGGCUUCGUAUCAUCAUCCUCAAACGUUCGCACCUGCGUUCGCACCAUCAUGUGUAUCCGCUUUCACUUUAUGGUUAUAUGGGUCUAUAUCCGCAGGCCUGAGGUGUCAGAUUCAGGACGGGCAGCGGGAGCGAUAAGACUCGACUGAUAAACACUGUUGCUUCAUUGCACACGUUGGCUAUUGCUUUAAAGUCCAGAGUCGAGUUGUUCUCCCGCUGCCCCUGAGGAUGACACUGGGCGUUACGUGGCCUAUGAUCCGCUCAUCCCUCCCUUGUUCAUGCUUGUGUAGUUUAUGGCUCUGACCUGCUGGGCCGUGUUAGUCAUACUCAUCUUUACAUGAUAAGAGCCGCGGACAAGACAAACGGUUUUAAAAUGGGUGAGAGAUCAAGGCCAAUGCAACCCUCUCUCUCACCACUUCCCAUACCCAGACCAAACGUACUAGUUUUUCCCGUUCACACUAGUUUUGCCCAUGUACAGUACAUUACUUACUUUCAUACACACUAGCUAUGCUCUUAAACACUAGCUGUUCAUAUGCGUACUAACUAUUUCCAAAAACUUUUGCCCAUUCACAACAUUUUAUUCCAUACACACUAGCCAUAUCCAUAAACACUAUGUUUUUCUGUGCACACUAGCUGUUCCAAUGCAUGCUAAUUAUGAACAAACAACAAAAUGUUCCUGUUCAAACUAGUUUUGCCUAUUUACACAUUUUUAUUCACACUGGCUAUGCCCAUACACACUAGAUGUGCACAUGCAUACUUUUUUUUAUGUCCAAACACACUUGGUUUUCCCUUUCACACUAGUUUUGCCCAUGUACAGUACGUAACUUACUUUUGUACGCACUAGCUGUGCAUAUGUAUACUAAUUAUUUCCAAAUACUAGUCUUGCCCUUUCACAAUACUUAAUUCAUACACACCAGCUAUACCCAUACCCUGUAGAUUUGUCUUUACACACUAGCUAUAUCCAUUCGUACUAAUUAUGUCUAAACACACUAGUUUUCCCCUUUCACGCAAGAUUUGCCCCUGUACACUACUUUCAUACACACUAGCUAUGCUCCUGCAUAAUAAUUAUGUCCAAACACACUAGUUCACUGUAGUUAGCGAAUAGGCAGAGUUGUGUCUGUGCACACUAGAUAUGAGGUAAAGUUGCCUGAUGAUGUUAGACUAGACCUUUUCUUUACUCACAUUUUGUUGUCCAUAUGGACCGUGAGUCAUUCUCUUAGUCACAGCGUGCGUCUUAGAAGAGUUCCUAAGAACGGGAUGGUGCCCUACACUUAGUACACAACUUGACCUUGAAGGUCUCCUUUUACCAUCUCAGAAUGUGUAUGAUGCUACUGGGUGAAUCACGUCGAGCUUGACAUUUUAUUCCAAACUCAAAGAUGAAACUUGUCCAGGCAAACAAAGAUUCACCCAGAUGUAGAAUUCUGUAUACGGCGCAGUGUGUGGCCAUCACGUUCCCAUGCUUACAUCGCCAAUGCCAAGAAAACGCCCGUUCGCGUGCCAUCAUCACCCUUGGCACUGUAAAUCUUAUCACAGUUAUAUUCAUUGCAUCUCCAUAAAGGUUUUAUGGCUUUUUGCUCCUGAUCGCUGCUGCUGGACUUCCUUAUGAGGACAUAAAUGUGACGUGCAGCUCUGGAAACCAAACAGCUGAUUGAUGAUGCCCAUCCUGCUUUUCAUCUCUCGCGCCCUCCGUCCGUCCACUAUCUCCUUCACACACAAACACAGUUUUGGCCGUCACCCGUGGGUCUGUGAAAUAUGGGUCUCAGUUAUCUACUCCGCGGCCGAAUCUCUCAGCUUAGACUAAACACAGAGCCGUUGAGCUCGCACGCACGUGCGCUCGCCCGCCAUCGCUGACCCUCUCACGAUUUAUGUUAUUCAGUACGGGAGCCGGGCUUUUAAAGCCCCUCUCCGUGCCUCCGUUCGGCUUAGAGCACUCCAGGGAAUUCGCAAAGAAAACAAAACGCAGGAACGCUGUGAUAACCAGGAGCAGAUCAGAGAGAGAGAGCCGCUGCUUUGGAGAGGCGUUUAUUGUGUGUUAUUGAGCCUCUCUCCGGAGCUCUGGUAUUUCUGUGAUUGCUGGUUAUAGGUUGACUAAAUCACACACAAGAGUACGGAAAUUCCCUGCAGGCUUCAGAUCGCUGUGGAUGUUUGCAGGGACCCCUGGCGCGAUUCUUCCUCCUGUUUUUGGAGGAAUUAAAAGAGAUCUACACCAUUUGCUCGAAAGCCUUCACUUUCUGUGAAGCUUGUGUAUAUGAUACAUUGCAAUGGUUUUGUAAAUGAUUAGAAUUAUAGGUAUGAGAUGGUCACCCUAUAUAAUCCUAAACAGGCCUUUUAAAAAGUCUUACAAAGAGUGUUGUUUAUAUUUCGUUGUGAACCUUUCACACGACUAUUUUCCUUAUUUUCCACAAAGAAGCUCAUAGGAUGUGGUCAAGUGUGAAUGAGACUUGAGAUGUUGCUUCACGUACUAGUAUGAACAUUUAUCAUCCUCAUAAAAUUCACCGACGCAUGUCUGCGGAGAGAGAGAGAGAGAGAGAGCAGGAGCGGGGCGACCAGGCUGUGCGUUUAUUUUCGCGUUUCUCUGAUGGAUUUGUCUUUCUCAGUCUUGCGUUUUGUUGUCUAGAUUUGAAAUUCAUUCUUGUUUCUUUAACCGCCGACAUUUAUCACAGCGUCCACCUAAACACUUCAAGGGAGACGAAAACGAAUUACGUCAUGUUGUCUGUCCCAUAAUUCUAAGCAUUAAUCAGCGGUGCCGCCAUCGCAGUCUCUUGAGUUUUGUCGUAGGAUUGCGCACACGCUGGAGUGUGUAUAUAAGAGACCACAAGUUUUAAAGGGCAACAAUCUUUUUUUUACUUGUUAUUAAAGACAAAGGUCUUUACACACGUGUGUCAGCACUGCCGGACACAUCUACACACUAGAUGUAUAGAAGUCCAUGGUUGGACCUGAACGUUUUGCACAAGUGUCCGGGAGGGAAACAUCCGUCUGAAUAAAAUGGCUGUCGGAACUAGUUAAGCAUUUGUCUUGAAAGUCGAAAAAAGACAAAAUAAGUGUCAAAUCAAAGCUGUUAACAAAGACUUGUUACCAUGUUGUUGAUGUACUGUUGCUAUGUUCUCUGCAUCUUUUUAUUUUGAUUCUGACUCCUCACAAUUGUUAUUAUCGAUUUCUUUUUUUCAUGGUUCGUUUUUGUUUUGCAGCCUUUGUGUGCAUGAUGCAGUGUUAAAAACGGUGUUUAAUAUCACAAAAACAUGUGUGAAUAUUUCUGUGAUCUGUAGAAACUUCUGUGACUGUGCUUUGGGUUGCCGCGACCUUUUUCUAAGGACUGCGACCCCGACAUCACCCUCUGUGUUAUUUGAGGUUAGAACCAUCCGCACAUUUUCCGCAGAUAACAUUGGCGUUGCGUCGACCGGAUCGGUCAGAUGAACAGUAUCACUCGACACGAGCCCUCGUUGGUUUUCCAUGGUAAUUUAUCACCCGUUUAAACACACUCACAUUUUUUAUGGCCUCUUAAGUAGAUCCUCUAUUAAAGUGUUUACUUAUUAACUCAUCUCGAUUGUCAUUAUUUACCCAAACAGUCCGUCAACACGUUUGCAUUUUUCAUGCGUUACUUCCCCUCACUUAGUUUGAUGGACUGAGACUGUUUAAAGCAUGAAACCACAUAAAACAUCCGCUGAAGGAUUUGGCAAGUUUAUGUCUGACUUUCCGUUCUCCAUCUGAGAGAAUUCGGUGCCAAACGAAGCUAGCCUGCGCUAGAAAGUGCCACAAAUAAUAACCUGCCUGUCGUUCAUCAGCAACCAAAGCCAGGUCACGAGACCUCAUACUGUUUAUAUCAUGUUUGCUUUAUAUUUAAACCUUUAAACCUUAAUUGACACAAUAAGAGGUCAAACCGAAACCAGGCCUACCAUGCUAGUCUUAAGCCAGAUGGAAGAUUUAGAUCAGGCACCAGAAACGGACGCCUCUGUGAAGUCUAUAACACACUUUAAGUGUCGGAGUUAAAUGGAGCAGCAUUUUUCACAUGGACCUAAUCUUCAUUUGAACUUGGAUGUGUGCGUGUUGUAAUCUAGUCGAUUUCCAGACUCAUACAGUCCAGUUCUGUGUGCCUGUAGUGUAUAUCUGGGUCAUUCUUGACAUGACGAUAAAACGUCUGGCCUGAGUUGCUGUUCAGAAUGGUAUCUUUUUUUUCUGGAUUUGUUCCUAAGAGAGUGUCAGACCUCAGUAUCACCCCAUCCACAUCUUCGUCUUUUGGCUCCUGCAGCUAUGCCUUCUGUCACAGUCUUUUCUAAAGAUGCUUUUUCUACACACUACCCAGAAACACUGUCAAGCAGGAUUCUCGCCCUUUCCCCUUCCAUUUAACGAUGAGAAAUAAACAGAAAAAUGUCAGAAUUAACCCAAAGCUGGUCAGUGUUCGUUUCUUUUUGUAUUGUCACAUUCACAAAAAUAAUGCCUUAUGUUCGUCUGUGUGGAAAUGAUUCAAAGAUUUCUGUAAAAAGAAGGAAAAGAAUGAUUGUGUUCGGCUUUUGACUUUGUAUAUAUAUAUAUAAACUUUACGUUAUCAGACUUA